ACAAGCGCACACAAGAAUAUGCAUCUUUACAAGCCAAGCUACACCGACAUCCCAAAUCCUAAAACUGGAGGGCAGAAGUCCAAUGAAGCAGCUACAAGAGUAAAAAGGACGAAUGCUACACCCAAAGCCUGUUUUCCGCUUCGAUGCUGGACAAAGACACAAUUUGGGAACAUGGAGCAGAAACGCCUGGAAUGGUUUGCCAGUGUUCAUGGCAUGUCACUGAAGGACACAGUGAAGAAUCAAACCGGGAUGGUUUACAGGAAUCUUGGGAAAUCAGGACUUCGAGUAUCAUGUAUGGGGCUUGGAACCUGGGUGACGUUUGGAGGUCAGGUUUCCGAUGAGGUGGCCGAGCAGUUAAUGACGAUUGCUUAUGAAAAUGGAGUAAACCUCUUUGACACGGCUGAAGUUUAUGCAGCUGGAAAGGCAGAAGUGAUUUUGGGAAAUAUAAUCAGAAAAAAGAACUGGAGGAGGUCGAGUCUGGUCAUCACAACCAAAUUAUACUGGGGAGGAAAAGCUGAAACGGAAAGAGGCCUCUCGAGAAAACACAUUAUUGAAGGAUUAAAGGCUUCUCUCCAGAGACUUCAGCUUGAAUAUGUGGAUGUUGUGUUUGCCAACCGCCCAGAUAAUAAUACCCCCAUGGAAGAAAUUGUUCGGGCAAUGUCCUAUGUGAUUAACCAGGGGAUGGCUAUGUACUGGGGAACAUCACGCUGGAGUGCUAUGGAGAUUAUGGAGGCAUAUUCCGUUGCCAGGCAGUUCAACAUGAUUCCACCUGUGUGUGAACAAGCUGAAUACCAUCUCUUCCAAAGAGAGAAAGUAGAGGUUCAGCUGCCAGAAUUGUACCAUAAAAUAGGUGUCGGUGCGAUGACGUGGUCUCCACUUGCAUGUGGGAUUAUUUCUGGAAAAUAUGACAAUGGUGUUCCUGAAAGUGCUCGAGCGUCACUAAAGUGCUACCAGUGGUUAAAAGAUAAAAUAUUAAGUGAAGAAGGACGAAAACAACAAGCAAAACUAAAAGAUUUAUUGCCGAUUGCAGAGCGCCUUGGUUGCACACUGCCUCAGCUAGCUGUAGCUUGGUGCCUGCGGAAUGAGGGGGUAAGUUCUGUCCUCUUAGGGUCCUCUAAUCCAGAACAACUGGUAGAAAACCUUGGAGCCAUACAGGUUCUGCCAAAGAUGACGUCCCAUAUAGUGAAUGAGGUUGACAACAUUUUGGGAAACAAACCGUACAGUAAAAAGGACUACCGAUCAUAAUACGCUGCAUGAAGAAAAGGACUGCAUGGUUAUACCAGUGCCCUGUAUAUAGUACUGGAUCAAUAUCUGUAUACUGGAGCUUCCAGUUACCUGCUGUAGUAUCUGUUACUGGGGUUGCUAAUGCUGAACACCUACCCUGCAAGCACAUCUAUAACCCAUUAUUAUUUCUUUCUUACCAUUUAACUCCAAGCUUUCUUGCUUGCGCCGAAACAGCAGAUAUAUGAAGUGGUAUGAGAAAUAUUAUGUCAAUGUCAAUGAAGAGAUGGUGCAUUUGUUUUUGAUAUGCAAUAUAUUUUCUUACUGUAUAAUUGGUCUCUUGGGGAGUUAAGAUGGUUCUGCAAGAGAAAUAGGGAAAAUCAUCUUUGGUAUAUACUUUAUAUAUUUCUCAGAAAUACAUAUGGCUCACAAUUGAAGAUUAUUCACUAAGCAGUGAGUUGCAGGUGAACUGAACUGGGAUAAAUAUUUCAUCUCACUUUUUAACUAUGUUACAUGACAGACCAACCAUGGGGAAUUCCUUCUGUAUGAAGAGUGGAUAUGACCCUGUAUACUGCAUAUUCAAACAUGUAAAAAGUUCUCACCAUUUGAGUUUAGGAUUAUGGAAGACCAGCUCCUUCCUUCAGAAGAGGAUCACUGGGCUGGUCCAUCAUUACAGCAUAGUGACAUCAUACUGGGAAUGCUUUCUACAACCACAGUGAUCUAGGGUGAGCAGCAGUGUAUUGAGUGAAGGAGUGCGGAAAGGGAUGUGCUGCAGAUGAUAAGCAGUGAAGAAGGGAGUG